UGGUAUUUCUGCUGCACUUCUUUCUGUGGUUGUUGGGUUCUGGCAUGUAGAAGAUGUGAUCCCUAAAUCUGCUGGUAGCUAGGGCCCCAUUAUAGUAUGGUGUUGCUGCAUCAAAAAUCUCUUGGUUGGAGGAAAGGAAGAAGACGUAUCCAGAAAAUAACUAUGGCAGCGAACUCCAGAGAGAGAACUAUAACCUGGCAUGAAAUCGACAACCUUCUAUAUUUCUUUUAUGAAGAAACAACAUCUUUAAUUCCUGAUCUUUGGGAACAAAAGUCAAAAUCAAAUAAUGAGGUGUCUGUUAUUCAUUGUGCCUAUUCUAGAUUGAGUCAAUUAUUAGCAAAAAUCCAUUCCAAACAUGUAAAACUUGAUUCCAAUCAAGAUGAUGACUACUUUUAUAACCUUCUGUCUGAUGUCAUUGGUAAUUUCCCUGAAGUAAAAGUCAGUAUUAUGGCACAAGAUGAAAAUAUUCUACUUGAGAGUUUAGUUAAGGAACAACUUGACCUUUGUGAGACUUUUGUUCAGUUACAAUUAUCCAGAGAAGGACCUCCAACAUUUCAACCUGAGGUACUCACUCAAAUAUCAGGUGCUUCAGGCAAUGCCAUUUUAAACAUUAAUGAGCAAGACCAGGUUGGUGCAUCUUUCAAUCUACCAUGCAAGCUGAAACUGGACAUUUAUUCUGAAGAUGUAAAUACGUGUGAUGUUGGUGCUGUCAUAACAGUUCAGAAUCAUGAAAACAACAAUGAGGACGUGACUGCAGUGUGUGAUAACUACUCAAAGUACUUACUCUGUGUCAAAGAACCAAGUAGAGACAUCUGUUCUGGUGAUCAAAAUAGAAUCCAAGAAUAUGUUGCUAACAUAUUUUACCAAUGUUUUAAUAAAGCUGCGUAUUUAAAAAUCACGUCAGUGGCCACCACAUUGAUUUUUACAGGUCAAUUUGGCAUCCCUAUGGACACUAUUCUAUUCUCCAUUGUACAAGCAUUGAACCAGUUUAUGGAUAACCAAGUAACAGAGAGCUGUCUCAAAGAAAUACACAUUGUUGAUCGUUCUCCUGAAACUUGUAAAGUCAUGGAACAGUUCCUCACUAUAUACUGGCCAAAGAACAUAUCACCAAGAAAAACUUACCAGCCACACUCAGUAAAUAGGAUCCCAAGAUUCCAAAAUACUUCAGUGAAUUCAGCUGUCCAGAGUUUGGAUUAUUCCACACAUCAGCUAAACAACCUUAGUUUGCAUGGAAACCACAGGAAAAGUGAUAAGCCACGCUCAAUAAAUAGGAACCCAAGAAGAUACCAAAAUGCUUCAGUGAAUUCCACUGCCCGAAGUUUGGAUAACUUCACAAAUCAGCUAAACAACUGUAGUUUCCGUGGAAACCACAGGUCAGUGGCAACUCCUAAAGGGACAAAAAACAGAAAUGUGAAUGCUUCUGGGGAACGCAGGGAUCAAAAUCAAGAAUGUCAAAUUUGUUUCCAGACAUUAAUAUGUAAAAAGACUCUGAAUUGCAAUCAUAGUUUUUGUCAACAUUGUUUAGAUACCUGGUUACUCAUCAAAAAAUCUUGUCCUUUAUGUCGUGCACCAGCACACUAAACUAUACAAGAACUGAUCCAGAAAUAUUUGGAUACUUCUAUCCGUAAAUCUGUGAUUGAUAUAUAUAUAUAUAUAUAUAUAUGUCUUUCUACAAGUUGUUGAGUGUACAUAUGAUCCAAGGUGACAUCAUAGGAUAAUUGAGAGGCCCAACCACUAUAAGUGAUUAAGACUCUACUACUUUGAGCUCUUUAUCUGGGAGUGAAUAAGAUAUAGAUGCUGAGGUCACUUUGGCUGUUGACUCUGUUCUGUUCUUAUACUAUAUAUAUAUUUAUAUAUAUAUAUAUAUAUAUAUAUACAUCUAUCUAUAUGUGUUUAUGCAUAUAUGUUUAUCAAUGUUUUUAUAAACCAAGCUUCAUUGUGUUUAUCUGCAUCACUAUCUCCAUAUAAGCUCACUGAGAUUUCUUUUAUAGCCUCUCUUGAACCUGUGACCCUAGUCCUUGAUAAAGAUUUAUGACUUUAUGUUCAAAUCAUUUUGAGCACUGCCAUGGGUUUUCUGUACUGAGCAUCUCCAGUUUUCACCUCCUGUGUGUGUGUGUGUGUGUGUGUGUGUGGGAGGGGGGACAGGGAUCAUAGAUGAGUUCCAGAUAUUCUCCGUAUAGAAGACACUUAUUAGUGCUCAAAAGAUUUAAACUUGAGCAGGUAGAGAAGGAAAUGUAGGGAUAAGCAAAUUAGACAGAUCAGUAUAUAAAGUAUAUUAAAUACAUGAAAUACGAAAAAUCAUCACCAUUGUUUAACGUCCGUUUUCUAUGUUAGCAUGGGUUGGAUGGUUCGACCGGGGUCUGGGAAGCCA